AUAACCACAGCAAAACAAAAAAAUGGCACAGCCCAUGCCUGUUUGGCUGGAUUGCGAUCCAGGACAUGAUGAUGCAAUGGCUAUUCUUCUUGCUGGCCACACGCCUGGCUUAAAGCUGCUUGGCGUCAGUACUGUGGGCGGAAACCAGACCCUGGAAAAGGUGACGCGUAACGCGCUAGAUGUGCUUGAUGCCAUUGGCCUCAACCACAUAGAUGUGGUCGCGGGCCAAGCCCGGCCUUUGAUGCGGCCUUCCAAGUUAUGCCCCGAGAUCCACGGCGACUCAGGACUCGAUGGGCCCUCUGGCGGCCGUCUGCUGCCCCGAAGCCAACGCAAGCCGUUGACUGGCAAGGCGGUCAAUGUCAUGUACGAUGCCAUCUCAGCAGCAUAUCAAGAACUCCAAAAGGAAGACGCCUGCACGACAGCAACUCUCCCCGCAGCAGCACCGGCGGCUACGGCCCAUGCUGCCGAUGCUACGACAGCACCAACCCCCGCCGAUGGGUUGCACCAUGCGCCCCGAAAAGUCAAGCUCGUGUGCACGGGCGCCCUCACCAAUGCGGCGCUGCUGCUGACGCUGUACCCCGAGGUGGCUGAGCAGGUGGAGGUGGUGCUCAUGGGCGGAUGCAUGGGGGUGGGCAAUACGGGACCCGUCAUGGAGUUCAACAUCCAGACGGACCCCGAGGCCGCCCGUAUCGUGUUCGAGUUCGGAAUGCCCAUUACCAUGGUGCCCCUGGAGGUGACCCACACGGUGCUCGCGACACCGGAGGUCCUGGCGGCCAUUGGAAGCGGCCGCACCAACAUCCGCAGCAGCAGCGGCAGCAGCGUGGACAACGGUGGUUCGACGGCUGCAUGCGAGGUUGGGUUGGAUGCGGACGCUCCGUGCACCGGCACUACCGCCACCUCCACACCCAGCAUCGCACCCAGCGAAGGUGGCGACGUAGUCGUCGCUGACGCACAGGGAGGAGGAGGAGCAGCAGCAGCAGCGGAAGCGGAGGCCGGCGGCACGACUGGUGUAAACGGGGCUGGCAGCCGCGGCAGCAAUGGUCAUGGCAGCGGCAGCGGUUGCAAUGGUGUUGCGCCGAGCCCCUUCCGCCACACCAUCCAGCAGCUGCUGCUGUUCUUUGCCAAGACGUAUCGCCGGGUGUUUCGAUUUGAGCACCCGCCUCUACAUGACCCAGUGGCAGUUGCUUACGUCAUCCGACCCGACCAUUUCGAGUGCCAACACAUGCGUGUCGACGUGGAAACGGUUUCCCAACUGUCGUACGGUCAAACUGUGUGCGACGUGUGGGGGCAGUCGCGCCUGCCGCCCAACGUCAACGUGGCGUUGCGGGUGGAUGUGGCGGGCUUUUGGGAGGUCAUGUUGGAGGCUGUGGGGCGGGCGGAUGCGGUGUCCCCGCUGAAGGGGAGCCGCUGAAGGGCAGAACCAGAGGAGGCAGCAGCGGCGGUGUGGCAGCAAGCGAAGCCUGGAGGUAGCGGUGGGUUUGAAGGAGGUAGCGUAGGAGCUGAUGUUGCUGCUGUAGCAGCCAUUGUGCAAAUAGGUCCGAUGACGGCAAGGCUGGAGGCGGUGGAAAGCGGAAUCAGCAAAAAUGCGAUUCCGCUUUCUGUGACCCUGCGAUACAGCGGAUAUGUGUAGCGAACAGCGCCGGGCAUUGGCUUUUGGCGGGCGGUUAUGCCGAGGGUGGGUGAAGCGGAUAGGGAGAGGAACAGGGGUACCAGCAGCGGCACAGCAAGUAUGUGCACUACCGGUAUCACAGCUCGUGGGUGUUCUAUCGUGUGACGGCGCUUGUGACUGCCUUGCCCAUGAACAUCGUGCAGGGAUGCAGACGAUGUGUUCCU